AAAUUUUGCGAAUGACGCAUGCGUAUGUUAAAAACCUAGUUCAAGCCCUCCCGGGAUUAUUUUCUGAUUUCUGAUUUUGUGCGGUUAAAAAAUUAUAAUCUGUGUAAUAGGUAUUUAAUUUAAUUCUAUUAACAUGGCGAAACAAGAACAAAUAUUACAAAUAAACCCUCUUCAUGAACUAAAAUUCCGUGGCCCGUUCACCGUCCCAGUCACUUCGUACAUGAAGCUUACAAACCCGUCAAAUCACAAGGUUUGUUUCAAAAUCAAAACUACAGCUCCAAAGAAGUACUGCGUCAGACCGAACUCGGGAAUUCUCACCCCAAAGGAUGUCAUAGAGAUUGCUGUGAGUUUGCAGCCAUUCGAGUUUGAUCCAAAUGAAAAAAAUAAACACAAAUUCAUGGUUCAGACGAUGAUUGCACCUGAUGGGGAAAUAAAUUUAGACCAGUUGUGGAAGGAUGUGACAGCAGAGAAUCUGAUGGAUUCCAAGCUCAAGUGUGUGUUUGAGAUGCCGGUGGAGGAGAACGCAACCAGCGCAACCGCCCAGGAGACCAGCAGUGCUGUCGAGGAGAAUACAAAGCGAGUUGGCGACUCGCCUAGCGUAGCUCACGAUGGUGAGUUGGUCAAAGCAGCAAAGGAAGUCAAACAUCUGAGGGAAGAGGAAAGCUCUUUGAGACAAGAGAAUUUGCAGCUUAAGGAGGAGCUGAUGAGACUCCAGUCCACGCAGUACAAGUCGGCCAGCUACCCUCCUCCCUCUUCUCCCUCCCAGGUUUCCCAUGAUUCCGCGUACUCCCCACUUUUGAUCAUCACCGCCAUCAUUAUGGCCAUUGUUGGCAUCGUCAUCGGCAAGUACAUACUUUGAACCCAAUCUUCCCACCUUCUCGUGUAAAGUAGACGACACAAGCUUCCCCACGUACUCUAUGACUUCUUUUAAAAUUGGUUAUUGUGUAUAAACAAACUGACGUUCGGUCGUGAGACGGCUGAUAGGGACGAAAUGCGAAUUAGGCUUAUCGUGUUCUUCUGGCUUACUUUGUGUUUGUACAUAAUUCUUGUAAUGUGUUGUAAAUGGAAAGUUGAGGGUUCGGUAUAGAUUAUCGUUUCAAAAUUCUAGUUGAUAUAUUGUAUUUUAAGUAUUGGCACUACAUGGUUAGCCGUAUGUUCUGUCCGUUUUAAUAUUUAGAUAUUUUUGUGUUUUAAUAAUUCCCAGUGAGUUUGUUUCCCCUAUGCUAAACAUCGAGCUAAAGCUAAGCUUAAAUUCAUUGUUCAACAUGCUGUAUUGUGUUUACAAUUUUUGUUAUCGUAUAUAUAUAUAUCACAGUUAUCACCUUACUUGUUGUGUUUGUUUCAUGUUACUGACACCCGAAAACUAACAUUUUGUCUGCAUUUAUUCUAAGUUUCUCGUACUUUGUUUGAAAAACAAAACGAGCAGAAGCAUUUCCAUGUAGUAAAACUCGCAUUACAUAAUACUUCAUAGAGUAUUGGUUACACGGUUUGCAAAAAUAUUCAUCAGCUAUUAUAUAAUAUCAUGUUCCUUAUGUAAAAUGAAAACUGUUUUAUCAAAUGUAUACAAUUGAAUACAUUACAAAAUACAGAUUAGUUGCACCUUUA